UUAACUGUUUCUAAACUUACAGUGGAUCCCUCUGAAUAUAAAGAACACUUUGGGAGCAGUCGUUUGUUCUUUAUAGAAAGGCUGUCCCUUAAUUACAUGGAUACCUUAACAGUGGCUGUAUUAUAGAGGGUGGUCUGCUAACAUAGGUCCAAUGCAUGCUAUGGAGAGACUGUGUGGGCCCAUUAACAUGGCUGUAUUAUAGAGGGUGGCCUGCUAACAUAGGUCCAAUGCAUGCUGUGGAGAGACUGUGUGGGCCCAUUAACAUGGCUGUAUUAUAGAGGGUGGCCUGCUAACAUAGGUCCAAUGCAUGCUGUGGAGAGACUGUGUGGGCCGAUUAACAUGGCUGUAUUAUAGAGGGUGGUCUGCUAACAUAGGUGCAAUGCAUGCUGUGGAGAGACUGUGUGGGCCCAUUAACAUGGCUGUAUUAUAGAGGGUGGCCUGCUAACAUAGGUCCAAUGCAUGCUGUGGAGAGACUGUGUGGGCCCAUUAACAUGGCUGUAUUAUAGAGGGUGGCCUGCUUAUAAUUAUGGUGACCACAAUGGACAGGUUUCACUGUAUGUACAUGUAAUACAUAAUAUGCCACAUUAAAAUGUUCUUCAUUUACAUGUAGUAUUAAUCUGUACAUUGUAACGUUGCCGCUGUGUUUGCUAUACAACCACUGUUUAUGGUGCUGAUAAAUAAAGUGUUGUCACUCUGGCGCACUAGUUGUGGAAACUCCUUCACUCUGUCAAUAUCUGCACUUUCUGUUUAGCUCACUACAUGUACUGUAUAUGAGUGGAUGGGGGAGUACAGUGUACAAUGUACAGUGCUGAUAUGAUGCUGGCUCCUACAAUGUAUCUAGUAAUGGUGCUUUCCCCGGCCAAUCUUAGCAACAUUCGCAUUGCAAAUGUUUUUGUGGCCCACUGUAUCUGUAGCAAUGGUGUAAUGUCAUUCAGUGGUCAUUUGAAUAUUCUGCACAUGUGAUAGAGCUACUUUCUGUGUAGUCAUGAUUACGAGGCAAUUAACAAAAGUGGUGACUGCAUUUUUGUUUAAAAGGUUGUUUGUGGUUUGCAACUCAUGCAAAAUUGGAUGGCAUGUGGUACGUGUUUAGACAAGUCAUGAGCACACCGAAAUAAAGGUUUUGAGUGGAAUCGUGUCACCACUAGCAAAAUGAGCAAAGAAGACGAAUAUGACUUUCUGUUUAAGGUUGUGUUAAUCGGUGACUCUGGUGUGGGCAAGUCCAACCUCCUCUCUCGGUCCACUCCCAAUGAAUUCAAUCUGGAGUCCAAGCCGACCAUCGGUUUUGAGCUUACCACCAAGAGUAUUCAAGUGGACACUAAGACCAUCAAAGCUCAGAUCUGGGACACAGCUGGUCAUGAGCGAUACAGAGCACUCACUAGCACUUGCUACAGAGGUGCCGUGUGUGCUCUCCUAGUCUACGAUAUUGCCCAACGCUUGACAUACGAGAACAUUGAACGAUGGUUGAAGGAUCUGAGAGAUCAUGCAGACCCUAACAUUGUCAUUAUGUUAGUGGGUAACAAAUGUGACUUGAGACAUCUCAGAGUAGUGCCCAUAGAGGAGGCCAAGGCGUACGCAGAAAAGAACGGACUGUUCUUCAUAGAGACCUCAACUUUGGACUCAACCAACGUAGAGGAUGCCUUCCAGAAUAUGCUAACAUUGGUUGCAGUGAAUGAGGCUGGAGACACCCUUUUUUCCAGUGCGUGUUCCCGUGGUGACCUGGAGAUGGUCAAGGCUAUCAACAAGCAUGUUGAUCUAAAGAAGCCAGUCAACAAGGCUGGUGACACUCCAUUCUCUCUGGCCUGUGCUAAUGGCCACUUGGAGACAGUCAAGUACUUUGUGAAUGAGCAUCAUUAUGAUCCUAGAAAGCUAGUCAACAAGGCUGGUGACACUCCACUCUCUCUGGCCUGUGCUAAUGGCCACUUGGAGACAGUCAAGUACUUUGUGAAUGAGCAUCAUUAUGAUCCUAGAAGUGUCCUCUUGCUAGCAGUAAAGCAUGAGCAACAUUCAACAGUGGAGUUUUGUCUGGAAAAAUGCCACAGCGAUCCGAAUGUGACUGACGAAGAAGGCAAGACACCUCUCGAUUUGUCCAACAACCCUACGAUCAUAAAGCUUCUCUUGAAACACGGAGCCAAGGCUGCCAAUGUGUACAAGAAACACAGUAAGCUCAUCGGAAAGCUCUCCUCCGAGCAAACCCCACAUCUUCCUCUGUCUGUGCUCAUCAUUGGCGAUGGUGGCGUGGGGAAGAGCACUCUGUUGAAGUCCAUUCUGAGCUCAAAAGGGUUUUUGUCUAAACUACAGAAGGCAAAACCAGUAGAUGGUGUCGAUACAAAGACAGUGGGGAUCAUACCGUACGAAAUAUAUACCAAAGAGUUUGGGAGAAUCAUCUACUUUGAUUUUGCUGGCCAAAAAGAGUUUUACACGAGCCACUGUGCCAUUCUGGAGAAUGCUGUUCAAACCUCACCACCCAUCAUUAUCCUCUGUGCUAAGCUUGUAGAAAGUGAGCAGGUGAUUAUUGAUUCCAUGAAUCGUUGGUUGACCCUCGUCCAAAACCAGUGCACUAAUCUGAAAAGCAAAGCACACGUGAUAGUAGUUGGUAGCCGUGCCGACCAGGUGAAGGAAAUGGGAGAAGAUCCACAAGCCAAAGAGAAAAUCUUUGCUCCCAUUAUCAAGCAAUUUCCAAAAUUUGAGUUCACAGGGUUCAUUCCAAUGGAUUGCCGCUUUGCUGAUUCGAAUGAUAUGACAAAAGCAAGAAAACUGAUCCAGAAAAGCUCCGCUAUUCUCCGCUCUCCAGAAACCAUCAGCCUGAAUGCUCACACCUUUUACAUCUACCUUGCCGAAAGCUUCAAAGAGGAACUUGCAGUUUCAUUAAAGGUUGUUCAAAAGCGAAUACACAGCGACCUAGACCAAACACACGAGUCAAAGAAAAUGGUGAACAUUCUUUCUUUCAUUCCGACCACCCUCACCCGUCUAGUUGAUAUCUGUGACCAGCUAAGUAAAACGGGUCUGCUGCUGUUUCUUCAAAACAAAUCCUCACCUGAACAGUCCUUUCUGAUUUGUAAUUACAAGAAAUUGCUCUCUGAUGUCACUGGGACAGUGUUUGCUCCUGAGCGAUUCCGCCAGCACUGCGAUCUCGCCUCAAGCACUGGAGUGGUACCUUUGUCCAAGUUCACCAAAGCAUUUAAGAUCUACGACACUGAAAUGCUGAUUGCUUUCAUGACACAUUUAGAGCUGUGCUUUGAGAUCAAAGACAAGCAAGUUCUAGAGUACAUUCAGAAGAUGGAGCCAAGCUCAGAGGACACUCGCUACCUCUUCUUCCCCGGGCUCAUCAGGAUAGAAACUCCCGAGCGUGUGUGGGAGGAAGAUCUUUCCAUGAGUUACCACUUUGGCUGGAUAAUUGAAUGUGCUAAAGACAUCCAAUUCUUUGAUCCACGGAGUUUUCAGAUUCUUAUUCUGAGGCUAGUGUUCACUUUUUGCCUUGCUCCUCUCGAAAAGAUCACCACAAAUAGCCCUGCCCUUCAAACAUUCUGCUCUGUGUGGAAGAGUGGGAUCUGCUGGUGCCACGAUGAUGAGAUUACCGCACACCUCGAGCUUCAUAACAACAAGUCUAUUACUCUCAAAAUGCGAUCUGAAGUUCUUACACCUGAGAGCCUAGCCAGUCGCUCCAAGAUAGUCAGUCAAAUUGUCGAAACGGUGGAAGAUGUUUGUCCCAGUAUUGUAGUUGUGGAAUCACUGAUCAAUCCACAGGAAGUUGUCAGUCAUCCUCUAAAACCUUCCUCAGAGCUCAUGCUGUUUAGAAUUAGACAUCUUGCUACAGCUGUCAUCUCUCAAAAAAAAGCUGUGAAGUCAGUUAUUAAUCACCCCCUUUCUCUGGAACGGCUUCUCCAGUUUGAGCCGUACGCUGGUUUGGACCUCAACACUCUACAGUGUAUUCACAGUGACAUGAAAGACGAGAAAAUUUCGAACACAUUCAUUUAUCAUUUUGCUAGUCAAAUUUCUGAUCCAAACAGUAUUCUCAUGUACAGAAGAAUCCUGAGCCAAUCUCAAGCUUCUACUGUUAAAAAUCAGUUGGUCAGUCCCAGACAGGAGGUGGUCCAGGCCCUUGAGACGUGGAGGAGUGAGACUGAGGGAACUUACAGCUGUCUGAGGGAGACUCUUAACAAGUACAGCGUCUUCACUGGGAGAAACCCUCUGGACCUAGCUGGUGUGGCUCACGAUGAUAUUGACCUCUCUGUGUUUAGUAUCAGUGGUGAUGACCAAAAGGGUCCAGCAACCACCAACCUCCAUGAGUUGAUGGUCAAGCAUGGAGUCACUGACAAGCAGUUGGAUCAAGAGAUUGAACAAGACGAUCUUGCUCCAGUAGCUAUGCACUUUGAUGAUGUGGAGCUCUACUUCAACCCACUGAAGUUGAAUGAAAAUGAACAAGCUGACGUGAGGCGAGAGACUUAUUUAAGUAGAAGCAAUCAAGUGGCAGUGAUAAACUGUUUGUUUAUCUGGAGGGGUCACGAACCCAGCGAGGCAACCUUUAGAGCACUGAUUAGGAUCUUAUUGGAUCUGAAGAAGGAAGAGAUUGCUAUCAAGAUCUGUCAAUACUUGAAAGAAAAGUCCCAGUGAUCUAUGAGUAAAGCUAUGCAGUAGGACUCUGAAUUGAACAUUUUUGUUUAUUGCGAGUGCACGUAGUUUAAAUAAGAAUUCUGUUUCAAUUUGAUUUUGAGCCCCAUGUUGUUGUGGAAUAUAGUGUAACCAAUUCAAGUCAAGCAAUGC